CCAAAGAAUGUUCAACAACACGAGAAGGUCCAGAAAGCCAGUACCGAGGGGGUCGCCAUCCAGGGCCAACAGGGAACACGUCUCCUUCCUGAACAGCUCAUCAAGGAGGCCUUUAUUCUCAGUGAUCUUUUUGAUAUCGGGGAACUGGCGGCUGUAGAGCUGCUUCUUGCUGGAGAGCACCAGCAGCCCCACUUUCCUGGUCUCACCAGAGGAUUAGUGGCCGUUCUUUUGUAUUGGGAUGGAAAACGCUGCAUCGCGAAUUCCCUGAAAGCUUUGAUACAGUCCAGACGAGGAAAAACAUGGACCCUCGAACUCAGUCCAGAACUGGUUUCUAUGGUGACACGGUUUACGGAUGAGCUGAUGGAACAAGGCUUGACUCAAAAAAUCCUUAACCUGGUGUCACAGAUAGAUGUGAACAAUGAAUUUGAGAAACUACAGCGAGAUCGAGGUUUGGGUAGUGAAAAACAUCGCAAAGAGGUGUCGGACCUCAUCAAGGAGUGCAGGCAGUCUCUGGCCGAAAGCCUCUUUGCCUGGUCCUGCCAGUCACCGUUAGGCAAAGAUGACACCCUACUCCUCAUCGGACAUUUGGAAAAAGUGACUGUAGAGGCUAAUGGCUCCUUGGAUGCAGUGAACCUGGCUCUUCUGAUGGCACUUCUGUACUGCUUUGAUAUCAGUUUCCUAGAACAGAGCACGGAGGAACGAGAUGAUAUGAUUCAUCAAUUUCCCCUGUUGACUGAGCGACAGUACAUUGCAACAAUUCACUCUCGUCUUCAAGACUCACAGCCGUGGAAACUCCCUGGGCUGCAAGGCACGGUCAGACUUGCUUGGGCACUGGCUCUGAGGGGAAUAUCUCAGUUACCUGAUGUCACAGCUCUGGCUGAGUUCACAGAAGCAGAUGAAGCCAUGGCAGAGCUUGCAAUCACUGACAAUGUUUUCCUAUUCCUCACUGAAUCUGUAGUAGUGUCAGAUAAUUUCUACCAAGAGGAAUUUUAUAUUCGUAGAAUUCAUAAUCUCAUCACAGAUUUCCUUGCACUUAUGCCAAUGAAGGUGAAGCAGUUGCGAAAUCGGGCAGAUGAAGAUGCUCGAAUGAUUCACAUGAGUGUCCAGAUGGGAAAUGAGCCCCCUAUAUCACUUAGAAAGGAUCUAGAACACUUAAUGCUCUUGAUUGGUGAACUAUAUAAGAAGAAUGCUUUCAAUUUGGAACUUGCUCUGGAAUAUUGGUGUCCCUCAGAGCCGCUUCAGACUUCCACCAUCAUGGGUUCUUACCUUGGGGUGGCUCAUCAGCGCCCCCCUCAACGCCAGGUUGUCUUGUCAAAGUUCGUUAGGCAAAUGGGUGACCUGUUGCCUCCAACUAUUUAUAUUCCUUAUUUGAAAAUGCUCCAGGGAUUAGCCUCUGGGCCCCAGUGUGCUCACUACUGUUUUAGCCUGCUCAAAGUCAACGGUAGCAGUCAUGUUGAAAAUAUUCAGGGAGCAGGCGGUUGUCCUGUUUCUUGGGAGCAUUUCUUUCACUCCUUGAUGCUGUAUCACGAACACCUCCGAAGGGACCUUCCAAGUGCUGACAGCGUCCAGUACCGGCACCUUCCUUCACGAGGCAUCACUCAAAAGGAGCAAGACGGAUUGAUUGCUUUUCUACAGCUCACUUCGACCAUCAUCACUUGGAGUGAAAAUGCUCGCUUGACACUUUGUGAGCAUCCUCACUGGACGCCUGUGGUGGUGAUCCUGGGACUGCUGCAGUGCAGCAUCCCCCCCGUUCUCAAAGCAGAGCUACUGAAGACACUCGCAGCAUUUGGGCGCUCCCCUGAAAUAGCUGCUUCCCUUUGGCAGUCACUGGAGUAUACUCAGAUACUACAGACUGUAAGAGCUCCAAGUCAGAGACAAGCAGUUGGUAUUGAGGUUGAACUAAAUGAAAUUGAAUCCCGCAAUGAAGAAUACCCAAUGACUCGGGCUUUUUGCCAGCUAAUUAGUACCCUGGUGGAGAGCUCAUUUCCUGCUAAUUUGGGUGCUGGACUUCGGCCCCCUGGCUUCGAUCCGUACUUGCAGUUCCUUAGAGAUUCUGUGUUUCUCCGAUUCCACAGCAGAGGUUACCGGAGAGCUGCCGAAAAGUGGGAAGUGGCUGAGGUGGUCUUGGAGGUGUUUUAUAAAUUGCUCAGAGAUUAUGAACCUCAGCUUGAAGAUUUUAUGGACCAGUUUGUUGAAUUACAAGGAGAAGAAAUUAUAGCUUAUAAGCCCCCAGGGUUCAGUCUGAUAUAUCACCUUCUAAAUGAGUCCCCAAUGCUGGAGCUCGCCCUGAGUUUAUUGGAGGAAGGAGUUAAGCAGCUGGAUACCUACGCUUCUUUCCCUGGGAAGAAACACUUGGAGAAAGCAGUACAGCAUUGCCUUGCAAUCCUCAACCUCACAUUGCAAAAGGAAAAUCUUUUCAUGGACCUGCUAAGAGAGAGUCAGCUGGCUCUCAUAGUCACUCCUCUAGAACAACUAUUGCAGGGAAUCAAUCCCAGAACUAAAAAGGCAGAUAAUGUGGUGAAUAUUGCCAGAUACCUCUAUCAUGGCGAUACGAAUCCAGAGUUGGCUUUUGAGAGUGCCAAGAUCCUCUGUUGUAUCUCUUGCAACUCCAAUAUUCAGAUAAAGCUAGUUGGCGAUUUCACCCAUGACCAGGGUAUUAGUCAAAAGCUGAUGGCUGGGUUUGUGGAGUGUUUGGAUAAUGAAGAUACAGAAGAAUUUGUUCGUCUAGAUGAAGAAGGAUCAGAUGUUGAAAGGAAGUUAGCUGGAAUUCACCAUGAGACAAGAAUCCACAUUCUGAAUCUUCUCAUUACCUCUCUGGAACGCAAUCCCCCCAAUCUUGCUCUCUACCUUCUGGGGUUCGAAUUGAAGAAGCCCGUCAGUACCACCAACUUGCAAGAUCCAGGAGUGCUAGGCUGCCCUCGGACGUGCCUACAUGCCAUCCUAAACAUUUUGAAGAAAGGAACAUUAGGGCGAACAGGCCCAGUGGCUGUGCGAGAGUCACCACAACUUGCUGAGCUGUGCUACCAGGUAAUUUAUCAGUUAUGUGCUUGCUCUGAUACAUCUGGUCCUACUAUGAGAUAUCUGAGAACCAGCCAGGAUUUUUUAUUUUCUCAGUUGCAGCAUUUACCUUUUUCUAACCAAGAAUAUGAGAUAGCUAUGCUGAACCAGAUGUCCUGGCUAAUGAAAACGGCCUCUAUAGAACUGCGGGUGACGUCUCUGAAUCGACAGCGCUCUCAUACGCAGCGGCUCCUUCACCUCCUACUGGAUGACAUGCCUGUGAAGCCCUAUACAGAUGGUGAGGGAGGGAUAGAAGAUGAAAAUAGGUCUGUCUCUGGAUUCCUUCAUUUUGACACUUCUACAAAAGUCCGCAGGAAAAUCCUAAGUAUUCUCGACUCCAUUGAUUUCAGUCAGGAGAUCCCUGAGCCUCUGCAGUUGGAUUUCUUUGAUCGGACUCAAAUUGAGCAAGUUAUUGCCAACUGUGAACAUAAGAACUUACGGGGCCAGACGGUCUGCAAUGUCAAGCUUCUUCAUAGGGUUUUGGUGGCUGAAGUAAAUGCUCUUCAGGGCAUGGCAGCUAUAGGACAAAGACCUCUGCUAAUGGAGGAAAUCAGCACCAUCCUUCAGUAUGUGGUAGGAAGAAACAAGUUGCUGCAGUGCCUUCACGCCAAACGCCACGCACUGGAGUCCUGGCGGCAGCUGGUCGAAAUUAUACUGACAGCUUGUCCGCAGGACCUCAUUCAAACCGAGGAUCGACAGCUGAUUAUUCGAGAUCUCUUACAAGAUGUCCAUGAUAAGAUUCUCGAUGAUGAAGCUGCCCAGGAGUUAAUGCCGGUGGUGGCAGGGGCUGUGUUCACACUUACUGCCCACUUAAGCCAGGCAGUCCGCACGGAGCAGAGGCAGACUUUGGCCCCGGGAUCUGGAGAAGCCCAUUAUGCUUUCAUGCUCGAUAGCUUCACCUCACCCUCGGUAGAGAGCCCAGUGGUGGGUUUUGCUUCUAUUGGAGACUCUUCACUUCACAUCAUAUUGAAGAAACUGUUAGACUUCAUUUUGAAGACAGGUGGUGGGUUCCAGCGUGUGAGGACUCAUCUCUAUGGCUCGCUGCUUUAUUACCUGCAGAUCGCACAGAGGCCAGAUGAACCAGACACCUUAGAAGCAGCUAAGAAAACCAUGUGGGAAAGGCUAACGGCCCCUGAAGAUGUGUUUAGUAAACUCCAGCGAGAAAACAUCGCCAUCAUUGAGAGCUAUGGCGCUGCCCUCAUGGAAGUGGUCUGCAGAGAUGCUUGCGAUGGUCAUGAGAUCGGAAGGAUGCUGGCAUUGGCUCUGCUUGACCGAAUUGUCUCCGUGGAUAAGCAGCAGCAGUGGCUUUUGUACCUUUCCAACAGUGGUUAUUUGAAGGUGCUGGUGGACAGUUUGGUAGAAGAUGACCGGACUUUGCAGAGUUUGCUCACUCCACAGCCUCCCCUUCUGAAAGCCCUUUAUACGUAUGAGUCCAAAAUGGCUUUUCUCACAAGGGUAUCUAAGAUCCAGCAGGGCGCACUGGAAUUGCUGAGGUCGGGGGUGAUUGUGAGGCUAGCACAAUGCCAAGUCUAUGACAUGCGGCCAGACAUGGACUCACAGGGCAUGUUCAGCCUAAGAGACACCCCAGUAUUUCUUCCUACUCCAGUGGAUCGGUACCGGCAGAUUCUCCUCCCAGCUCUCCGCUUGUGCCAAGUUAUCCUCACAUCUAGUAUGGCCCAGCACUUGCAGGCUGCAGGGCAGGUGUUGCAAUUUCUCAUUUCGCAUUCUGAUACCAUCCAAGCAAUCCUCCGCUGUCAGGAUGUUAGUGUUGGGUCUUUGCAGGAACUGGCACUACUGACUGGAAUUAUAAGUAAAGCAGCACUUCCUGGUAUGUUAAAUGAACUUGAUGUUGAUGUAAAUGAAGGAUCUCUCAUGGAACUACAGGGACAUAUUAGAAGAUUUCAGCGCCAGUGCUUAGGGCUACUAAGUCGCUUUGGUGGCUCAGACAGAUUACGACAGUUCAAAUUCCAAGAUGAUCACGUGGAAGGAGAUCGAGUGAACAAGAAAGAUGAGAUCGAACUGGCCAUGCAACAGAUCUGUGCCAACGUCAUGGAGUAUUGCCAGUCAUUCUUGCUGCAGAGCUCACCUACUUUCCAGCACACCAUGUGCCUCUUCACCCCAAGUCUUUCAGAAACCAUUAACAGAGAUGGACCCCGGCAAGAUACCCAAACUCCAGUGGUCCCCUACUGGCGCUUGCCUACUCUGGGCAUCAUUCUCUAUCUGUUGAAACAGAGUGCCAGUGAUUUCUUCAGCUAUUACGACAGCCAUCGACAGAGUGUCACCAAGCUGCAGAAUGUAGAGCAGCUCCCCCCUGACGAGAUCAAAGAGCUGUGUCAGUCCUUGAUGCCUGCUGGUGUCGAUAAAAUCUCCACUGCCCAAAAAUACGUUCUGGCAAGGCGGCGAUUGGUGAAGUUGAUCAACAACCGAGCAAAACUGCUGUCCCUUUGCUCUUUCAUCGUGGAGACCUGCCUGUUUAUUCUCUGGCGCCACCUGGAGUACUUCCUGUUGCAUUACACCCCGACAGACCCACAAGAUUCCCUGUUUGCCUCCAGGCCCUCACUUAGAAGCCAAAGACUGCAAGAUUCCUUUGCUUCAGACACCAACCUGGAUUUUAGAAGUGGACUGACCCAUGUGAGCCAACACGACCUAGACCAGCUCCAGUUGGAUGCCAUCAACGCUUUUGGGGAAUCUCUACAAAAGAAGCUUCUGGACAUUGAAGGAUUGUACUCAAAAGUUCGAUCUCGCUCUAGCUUUAUUCAAGCCCUUGUGAGACGUAUCCGAGGCCUUCUGAGGAUAUCCCGGAACUGAGAGCCUCUGCUUUGCUCUUCUGGAGAAGAGAUGAAUUGGGGGGGAAAUUGUCUCCUUUUUAUAGAACUACUUUAUUUCUAAAUUAUGAUCAGAAAAUAUUUUGAUAUUGUUUUUCUUUAUAUAUGGGUAUCUUUUCUGUAAACUUCUUAGCCUGUUUCAUCCUCACUAGUAAAAAAAUAAAUACUUUUUAAGAAAACAAAA